UGCCUUGGCUCCAAGAUGUGAAGUCAAGAAAUGGCGGACAGUGGGAUAAAUAGGGGAAGAGGAAGUGAGGAUGGAGAAAGAGGGUAUAGUGGAUCUACAAAGGAGCCUCAUGGCCUCUCCCCAAUGGGCACAAAGAGAAACCUCUCUCGAGGGAUUGUGAUCCAGCUGACUGGGACAGAGGGGGAGUGGGACAGCCCAUAUGACAACGAGCUCAUUUUGUCCCUUGAUCACGAUGAAGACUACCCACCUGUAUCACUCUGUAAGGAAAGACAGCUUUAUAGUGAAGAUGACAAAGGAUUAAAAUCCCACAAUUACCAUGUUCCUCUUUCUCCAUCUACUGAUUCUCUGGGGAACGUCUCCACCACGGGUCCCAGCUUCCUCUCCCCCAGCUUGUCCUCAACCAGCCCCCGGCCACUGUCGAACUUGGUCAAGUCCCUCUCCACAGAACUUGAGCUGAAAGAGAGCUCUACUCUCAGACCCAAACCUUUCCUCAGCCUUGUGAAGUCCAUCUCCACAGAGCUCUCCCGCUCAGAACCAGAAGUGUCUCAGUCCAAAUCUGACUCUGGUCUCAACCUUCACCUGUGGAAGCAGCUGACCCAAACAAAGACCCGGAGCAGUGGCGAUUCUCGUACUGCUCCACCGUCUCCUAGUUCAAUCUCCCCUUGCAAAGAGGGCCUGAAAGGAGGCUUCUUUAAAACAGAGUUGGAAGACACCAGAAGGAAGCUCUCGGAGGCCAUGCACGAGCCUCUAAGCAGCAUGUUCAGUAAGAUCAUGAAAGAAGACAGUGGGGGUAGUCCCAAACACCACAGUAAGCCACAGGUGGCUCACCAGAGCAGCUGCCAAAGCAUUAGAAGGGAAGGCAGCACAGACACAGUUCUUUCAGAGUCUCCUGUGAGAAGUUCAAGAAAAGUGGAUGGGGAUCAUUUUCCUGUCUUUGAGUGGCCUUCAGUAAGACACUUCACAAGGUUUCAUCGAAGCCCGUGCCCUGUGCAUCCUCACAGGCAGCGUCACAGAGAAGAAGAGCUAGAAAUAUGUACAGAUGGUGAUAUGAUGCAGGUGGUCUCUGUCGAGACACUUGGACAAAAAAGGACCGCACUUGGUUCUCAAGCUGUAGCAUCCCUAGAUAAGAGUUCUGCCACUUCGUCCUCUCAUCCUCUUCCUCAAAUGAGUUUAUUCUUCGUGGCUGUGCUGUCCUACGGUUACUUCAUCCUACCUCUUAGUCCAUACAUCUCUGGCCUUGCUCUGGGAUUGGCACUGGGGUUUUUGCUUGGGCUGCUUCUCAUUCGAAUGGGUUCCUCCAAGUCUAGUUGCUCAGAGCCGGGUCACAGACCAGAACAGCCACCGUUUGGAGAAGGCAAUCUGACAGGUGGCUUUGUCAGCUCCGAGUCCAACACCCUAAAGGCUUGGAUGAAUGAGAUCCAUGAUUAUGACCCAGAAACCUGCCAUCCGGCUCUGACUCACACCGUCUUUGCGACCCUUGAGGGGUCCUGCCUCCGUCUGGACUACCCACGCACUAAUAUCAGCCGCAGGGCCACAUAUGAAGAGAGGGCCCACGAAGCCACCUUCGUCAAGUCAUGCUGUUUUCAGCUCGCAAAAAGCAAAGUGUUUCUGCUGCCACUGGUGUUGGCUCGGAAAAGGGUGUGGAACCCAAAGUAUCCCAUCUGCGUCCAGCUGGCUGCAGAGCUCGAACUUCAGGAGGGGGAAAGAGGUGGUUUGGAGAACCUUGAGGAUGAGCUGGGAGCUGAACCAGCACAGAGCCACAACCCUCCAACCAUACUUUACCUCUUCGGCCGCACGGGGAGAGAAAAAGAAGAGUGGUUUCAUCAUCUUCUGCUGGCAUCCAUGGAUGCAGAGGUGGAACUGGAGAAGGAUAGACAGAGACAUGGCAGAUGUGUGUCCCGACUGGGGAACCCUGCAAAGAGCAUCCAUGUCCCAAGAAGCAGAGGUCCCAGCAGAAUGGGCAGCACAGAUGAUGACACCCCCUCCACACCUCCAGCUCAUUGCAUCCCUACAACCCAUUCCAACAAUACCAGAGGACUUUCUGUGCUCGACUAUCCCAGUUACAUGGCUCGAAUCCUGGCCACAGAAGAGGCAACACCCCUCUCCAGUCCUGGAGUUAGCAGUGAAGAGACGAGCCCUACCAUUAAAGGACACUGUACCUGUGAGCAGAUAAAGUACCCAGAGAGCAGCCAGACUGCAUGGGUCAAUGCUCUGAUUGGGAGAAUCUUCUGGGAUUUUCUACAAGAGAAGAGCUGGUCCGAUGUUGUGUCCCACAAGAUUCAGAAGAAGCUCAGCAAAAUCAAACUGCCUUACUUUAUGAAUGAACUCACUCUGACUGAGUUGGACAUGGGAUGUUCUAUGCCACGUAUCAUUGCCACCUCCAGACCAGAAGUGAACCACAAAGGCCUGUGGGUGGAUCUGCAGCUGGUGUACACCGGGAACCUGCAGAUGACCCUGCAGACCAAGUUCAACCUGUCUAAACUGGGGAAAGAGGGCAGUCAAGACAUGAUACAUCAUUUGACUGACAGUUGUAGUACACGCUCCAAGCCCAUCCUCGAUGUGUUGGCAGACAGUGAUGAAGAGUCCUCCAGUGCAGCUUCUUCUGAUGAGGAAGAGCUGCUUCUCUCUGAGCCUCAUGGUUUGAUUGGGGAGAAAGGCACAGCAGCAACUGAAGGGACUGGGGGAGGAAAGACUGGAAAGAAGAUUUUGAGAUUGGUGGACAAAAUCGCUAAAUCCAAGUACUUCCAGAGGGCCACAGAGAAUGAGUUCAUCAAGAAGAAGUUUGAGGAGAUGUCCAACACCCCCUUGCUGCUCACCGUGGAGGUCCGGGAGUUGGCAGGAACUCUGGCUGUGAACAUCCCACCGCCACCUACAGACAGGAUAUGGUACAGCUUUUGUGUGCCGCCCAAGCUGGAGCUGCAUGUGCGUCCCAAGCUGGGGGAGAGGGAGGUGACUUUCUGCCACGUGACUGAGUGGAUUGAGAAGAAACUUCAGAAUGAGUUCCAGAAAGUGUUCGUGCUGCCAAACAUGGAUGACAUCUACUUUCCUCUGAUGCACUCGGUGGAUGUGAACCAGCAAGUGCGAGAGUCUCCGCAGUCCUAA